CCCCCCUCUCCCCUUUCCUUUUUCUCGGCGUCUGCUUCUUUCCUGUCUGCUACAGGACCCAAACUUUUUGAGCGGAGCUGUUAGUGAUUAGCAGGCACUCCGUGCAGUGAAAUGGAUUUGAAAGGAAAAGUUGCUCUAGUUACUGGAGGCACCGGUGGUAUAGGCCGGGCUUGUUGUGAGGAAUUGCUGAAGCAGGGUGCAAAGGUAUCUGUUUGUGACUUGGACAUGGCUGAAGGAGAGCACUUGGUGAAGCAGCUCAGCCUGAAGUAUGGAAAGGAUAAAAUCCUUUUCUGUCAAUGUGAUGUGACUGACUAUCCUCAGUUUGAAGAGUCAUUUCAAACAACAAUGGCAGCACUAGGAGGCUUGGACAUUGUGGUGAACAAUGCUGGAAUUAUGAAUGAUCGCUUAUGGGAACUAGAAGUUGAUGUGAAUCUUAACGGUAUGAUUCGGGGGACACUCUUGGCUCUCAGGUUCAUGGGCAAAGACAGAGGAGGACGUGGUGGUGUAGUUGUCAACAUGGGAUCCAAUGUGAGCCUGAGGCCCUAUGUGAGCCUCCCAAUCUACACUGCCACCAAACAUGCAAUCCUGGGUUUCACUCGGUCAUAUGGGGACUUGUACCACUUGAACACAACUGGUGUGCGUAUUCUAGCUCUUUGUCCCUCAGCAACUGACACCAAGCUGUUUCAGAAUGUAAAAAAGCAGUUACUUUCAGCAGAAUUUGAGAAAGCCUGGCAAAGGGAUACUGCUAAUUCAUCGCCUCAGAAACCUGAAUGUGUUGGUAAGGCUUUGGUCCAGAUUCUUCACAAAGCUGUCAGUGGGACUGUUUGGUCAGUUGAAAAUGGUCAACCUCCAUACCAGGUCAACUUUUCUUAAAUGAAUACAAAUCUCAGGAGCCCUCAAUAACCAUCUGCAUUCCAACAUUCUUUUCUUUUCUUUUUUUAAAAGUACAGUAUAAUUACACAUUUUUUACUUGUUUUUUACUUUAUAUUAGUUUUACAAGUUCUUCUACGUUAGGGGAACACUAUCAUGAAAGAAGGUUUCUUUCAUUAUAGUAUUUUAUAGUUCAGUACUAUUCUGACUUAACUUCUGUAGAAACGAUAUUGUAUUCAAAUGUUUCAUUAAUCUAGGAUGAAAAAGAAAAGGUUUCUUUGUAGCACUUCAGCUUUGAGCUUCUUCUAUGAAUGAAGAUUAAUUUUUGCAAUAGACAAUGCUCUGGUGCCUUAAUUGGUUUUUAAAUCCUUUAUAUAUUGUAUACCUAUGUAGGUUGAAUAAGAAGCCUCUGCUCGACUUACAGAUGUUAAAUCCUGUAUCAUAUUGAGUUUAUUGUUAUUGGAGCUGGCCUCAUUGCUUGAAAAUUAUGGAACAAUAAAUAAUCCAACACUGAA